AUGGUCUUCCAGCACAAGAAAGAACAGCUGGCUAAGGCAGAGCUGGUCUCUGUUUCUGCAACAACUGACGAUCCUUCAUUCACUACCGGCAACAUGCCCGGCGUCACUGGCGUUUCCAUUGACACUACUUUCCGACUUAUGGACCUGCCAGAGCACUUCAAGGCGAGGGGCGUCAAAUUCACGGUUGAUUCUGCCACCACCGCCGACAAUGCCGCCAGUGACGGCAACGACGAGAACGCAAAGCUCCUCCUCAAGAUCAUCACCGACAUCAAGCGCAACAAGGCUCCAUACAACAGUCUCGAGGAGCUUAAGGAUAUUGUCCAGACACACCUCGCCCGGCGAGACUACAGCCCCACUGUAAACACACCAGAUACAUAG